AUGAGGAUUUGGAGCACGGAGCACUCUUUUAGUUACCCAUGGGAGACGGUGAUCAAGGCCGCCAUGAGGAAGUACCCUAACCCCAUGAAUCCACACGUGGUGGGUGUGGACGUGCUGGAUCGCCGCCUGGACGCAGAAGGACGCCUACAUAGCCACCGGCUCCUUAGUACAGAGUGGGGCCUGCCAGCAAUCGUACGAGCGAUAUUGGGAACCAACCACCUACAGACAUACGUGAAGGAACUCUCCAUAGUUGACCCUGAGGAGAAGAAGAUGGAGCUGUGCUCAACAAAUAUUACGCUCACCAACCUGAUAUCGGUGGAUGAGAGGCUACUUUACACACCACAUCCAGACAAUCCUGAAGUCACCAUCUUGACGCAGGAGGCCAUCAUUACAGUGAAGGGAGUGAGUUUGAGCAGCUACCUGGAGGGCAUGAUGGCAAGGAGAAUGUCUGCUAAUGCCAGGAAGGGCUGGGAUGCUAUUGAGUGGAUUAUUCAGAACUCAGAAAGAGAAAAUAUUACUCUCUGA